UUUAUAACGCGAAUCUCUGACCAAAACAAACCUGCAUUCCUUGGAUACGAAUCUCGGGACUACGGAAGACUUAGACGAAGAAAAGAACACAGGAAAAUAUCGAUAUUUUGAAAUGGCUGAUGAUAUUGAUGAUCUUCUUGAUGAAGUUGAGAAGAGUUUAGCGAAACCAAAGGAAAAACCUAAAGCAUACAAAACGAGCACCAAAAUAGACGAUCUUACGGACCUCUUGGAGGACUUUGAACCUCCUCUAGAACCAGUGGUAGCUGAGAAAACUGUGGGCCCAGACACAAGCACCCAAGCAUCGAUUAGUAAUAAAAAAUGCUAUCCACUUUAUCUUGGGGGAACCUCUCUACCUGUUGGCAUGUCAACAGGAGUUACUGUGAGAGCAUGUAACCAGCUUCGGUGCUUGGAGUGUGAUUGUGCAGUCAUCACCUUUGAAGGGUUUCAGUGGUCAGACAACACUGAUUAUCUCUUCCUCCGCAACAAUUACCCUGUUGCUGCACGACUCAGGGCUCGUCUCAAUCCUCUCCGUGGGACCCGAGCAUACACGUGUCAGUGUAAGCAGCGAUCUGUGAAUGCAGCUACACAGCUUCCUGCAGAUUCCGAAAUGAAGUGGGUUUGUGGAAAACACUGAUGUAUUCUUAUCUUGAUUUUUUUUUUUUUUUUUUUCCAUCAUCAUUAGCCUGGUGGUGUGUGGGGGUAUGAGUUUCUUACUAGUUGCUACAAGAAUUUAUUAGCUUCUUGUAUGAGAAUUUUGAGGAAAAGCAGUAGAUGGUCAAAACAAACUGGAACUUGUAUGUUAUUGUCAAAUAAUUGAAUGUUUCAUUGUUUUUUCUCAGUGUAAGAUAUUCAUUGUGAUCAUACUGAGAUUUUAUUGGCAUUCAUUGUUAUAAUCAUGUUUUUCAUUUAUAUAUCUUUAUAUUUCUAGAUUUUUAUUUUUGUAUUUUUUGUUAAAGUCACAUGAUUUAUAUUUAAUUGUAUUUCUGUAAAAAGAAUGAUAAUGAUAAUGGACCAGUUGAACUGCACAUAGUUACUAUAAAAAAGGUCUUGUAUUGUGAAGAUAUUCAUUCUCAUUCAUACCUUUUCUAUACUAGCAGUAGUUCCUAAGACCAACUGGGUCAUCUUUGCAGUUCCUUUUAUGUAUUUAUAAAGAUAUGCAUUCUUAAAAGAGUGAUUGUUGCUAUUUCUAAAAUGCAUAACAUGUCACUCAGAUAUAUUCAUUAGUUUCAAGUGUGUUUAGUGAUCAGUCAGCAAAUUUUAAAGAUUUUUUUUUUUUUGUCCAAUUAAACCUUGUGUCUAGUCUAUAUGCUAGUCAUUAGAUUUACUUUGAAUGAUUGUUUCUCUAAUUUGCCAGAAAAAAAUAAUUGCCAAUUAUGAAAGGAGUAUGAACACAUAUGAAAUAAAAGAUCAUUUUGAUACUGCCUUAACAGUUCUGAAAGGAUUUUUCCUGAGUUGGUUUGCUUAGAUGUCAGUAUUACCUUUCAAAGAUUUGCAUAAUUUGCAUUUAAAACUCAGUGCUAUAACCCCCUAAUACACUGUUGUCUUUUGCUUCAUGAUGAAGUAAAUGUAGUGAAGAUAUUUUGAGCACAAUAAAUUAUAUUGUUAUCUGAUGAUCAAAAGAGUAGUUUCUGCUUAGUAUAUAUGGUUUUAGAGUUUUUGAAUUUUGUUUAAUUGAUAUCAAUCAUGAAAAUACUCUUGUCAUUGUGGUUGCCAUGGUUCACUUUUAUCCAAUUUGACUGAAUUCUUUAUUACAUAUUAGUUUUUAUGCAUUUGUAUAUAGAUGUUUGCUAUAAUUUAGUAUUUAUUUUGGCUCAAAACCUGGUAAUUGCAAUAUUUGUAAGGUGGAUAAAUUGGACUUUGUCUUUCUUUUUCUUUUGAUGAUUUUUGUUUGUUUCAGUCUGAGUGCAUAGAUAACCAAGAAUGGUAACUGCCAUAUUCCAUCCUUUUAAAAUAUAGUUAGUGCUCAAUAUUUUCAGGCUCGGUUACUUAACCAAUUGCCAGCACUUGCACAUACAUAUCAUGGCCACUGCAAUUUUAUAAUAUUUAUGUUUACACAUAGAUGGCUCCACAAGAGCCAAGUCACUGAGGAGUCAAUUACUAGUUCUUCAUAUCUUACCUGUUUUCCCUUAUCCUUGAUCUUUGGAAAACUCUUUUUACAUUUUUUAUUGAUAUUAGUAUUUUAAUGACAUUUUGAUGUUCACACUAUCAUCAAUAAUAAUUACAGCAUGUACAUUAAUAUCAUGAAACAAAGAUACUUAUUCCCCACAAAAGUCAAGGAAAGGGGAAAUCAGGGAAGGACUUGUAAGGCCUUCAAAGUCACUCCUUUGUGACUGAGCCAUUCUAGAGCCAUCUGUGUGUAAACAAGAUUCACAAAAUAAAAUACAGCGGAUAGUUGACAUACCCUGCUGUAGUGGGUUGAAUAAUUAAAGAUCUCAUUCAAUUCAUGUUUCAAUACUGUUUUUCUUUUGAUAUGUCUUUAGAGGUUAGGUUUUGAUAUAUUUUGUAAUUAUUUUUCACUUUCUCGUAAGAACAUUAGAAACAUUAUGUUAAUGAAGCAUUAAUGGUGAAUGCAAUCAUUAUUUCUUCUUUUUUUUUGUAUCUUAUUCCAUCCAUUUAAUUCCGUCCAUUGAAUUUUUCUAAACCCAGAUGGUAAUACUAGGUAAUGAUAAAUAAUGUUUUAUUUUUAUGCUCGACUAUAAAGGCAUAAGAAAUACAUUGUACUUGUAACUGAUCUCUAGUCAAGAAAAAAAUUAUUUAUAAACUGCAUUGUAUUGCUUCUUACUUAUGAAAAUAAAAGAUUGAAUGGAGUGUCA